AUGUCUUCUAGUAUCGCCAUUCGUUCUCAACCCGCGCCUAACACGGUGGCGUCGGUGUAUGGGACCACGCCAGGAGGCACGCCGAGGAUCUCGUACUCGCGCGAAGAGCUGCUCAGUCUCGCCGCUAGCCCGCUCUCGCGCUUCCCGCCCGCGGUGCAACUUCCUGCGGCCAUCCAACGACACACACCCGUCCAACCACACCCACACCCAUCGCUCAAGGAACAAGAUCCCGAUUCCUCGCUCGAAUCCAACACCACAGAAGAGCUCGACUUCCAACUCGAACUGUAA